AUGGAUGGCUCCCGGCACCAUCAGCUGCAGGAGCAAGAGCAGCAGGUGGAUCUAGAGGUGGUGGGGCGGCACGCGCUGCUCUUCGAUGAUGACUCCACGUCGGCGUUCAUCAACUCGUCGGACGUGCUCGUCCCCUGGAGUGGGGGCGAUGCUUCCCUCCUUAUCGACCGCUUCGACGCUCGCCAUCUUCUCCCGCAGCUCCCCCUGCGAGGGGCCUGGAAGAGGCAGCUACAAGAGGAUAACCUGCUGGAGCCCGACGGCGUCUCGCGGAUCGAACUGGAUGCAGAGCGCUAUCGAGAUCUCGAGAAUGGUGGCGAUGGGGAAGAUCAGCAAGAUGGAGGUGAUCAGGAAGAUGAAGGUCUGCCUCUCUGUCUCGUUAUUAGGUUCUGGAAACAUUCGCUUUCAAGUUUUUGGUAUGUCAUUGUAAAAGGCCGUUUUCAACUAGUUUAUAUGUUCGAUGUUUCCUUUCGAGCUAUCGUCUAUGUAUCGUUUUUAGAGUCAUCCUAAUAUAUGAGAAGACUCUAGUAAACUCCCCAUUUUUUAAUAGAUUCCGGUUAUAAUGUUAAUGAUCGAUCUGAUGAUUAGGAAUUGGAUAAUAAUUAUUCUAGAUCAACUCUUAAAUGACUCCUGGGGUUUUUUUUUUUCGAGGAGAACAAUGUUAGUAGCGCUCUCUAUAUCUUCAUAUGAUUGUAAGAAGAACAAGAUGCAAUGGUCUCCAUAUGCUGUGCUAGUGUUUUCCUUUUAUUGUUAAUUUAUGAGCUAUUUAUUUUUAUUUAUAUUCUUGUGGAAUUGUUACGAGGCUGUUGUGAGUUUGGUUUUUUAGACUGUCGUGUUAUCCACUGGCAAAUCACUACAUUAGACAUGUUUAAGUGCAUUUUGUUGAAGCAUCAAGAUUCGUCAAAGUUACCGAAUUGGCUAAAUUUUAAAGUGUCUUCUACGUCGGCAUUAGGUUUCAGUGAGUCCUAUUAGUUAGGUUAUCGAAAAAGGAUCAGUUGGACGAAUUGCAUCCGUCUUCCAGUUUCAAGCUGUUCUGCGCGCCAUUUUAUUUUUUCUUUUUUAGGGUGUCCUGUUCCUAAUAUUCCUGUCAACGAUCUUAUGUUCCUGCAUAGUGGGUUAGAAAUGGUUGACAGCGUUGUCUAGUAAUCGCUAUCAGAUGAUACCAUGUGAAGUAAAUGUACGAUAAUGCUGGGAGAAUAUCUGAUAUUCUUAUUUAACUCCAUAUCAGGCGUCAAGUAAGAUGCUUCCACCUACUUUACAGCUCAUCCUCUUUACUUAUUAAUGGCAAGCUAUUGUUUAAAAUUUUGGAUAUAUUUGAAGUACGAUAAUGUAGUCCGUAAUUGACACUCUGUCACGAUGCAGAAGUAAAGAAAAAUGGAGCAAAAUCUGGCAUCUAUCGCACAGUUCCGUUUUCAUAUAACGCUUCUGGAGACUUGAAGAGUCAGGAAGACGGGUUGGAGCAUUCAUGCUAUCGACCCCCUUUCCCUGUGCCUGAAUACCUGCUUAGUAACCUAGUAAGUGUAUAAUACGUUUUCCUUUUGAUGGAAAUUCAUUUACGCACGUGUGGAUAAAUUCCCAACUAGAUCAUUCUUUGUAUUUUCUUUUCUCCAGCUUAUCCAGUGAUACUUGUUCAAGGUGCGUGUUUUCUUCUAAGGUUUACAUUUCUAAGUUUCAGAUGAUGGGAGCAGAAUGAAGUUCAUACCUAAGGUUAGCAUUCAUGGGCACAUCGUUUGCAUGUGAUGUGUCAUGACGUAAGGACAGUGCAGGUGGGAUUAGAAUGAUAUAAUUGCAUCGUUUCAUGAAGAAAUGAGUUCUUUAAAUCUAAACCUGUCUAUCUGGAUCACCCAUAUGUUUGGCUUAACUUGCCCUUUUUUUUAAGUUUUACAUAACGAGCCACACAAUAUUCGAUCAAAAAGUUUUCAAUACUUAUUAUUCUAGAUCUGUUAACGUUUGCGUUACUGAUAUUGAUACUUUUUCUUUGGGUUGUUGUUGCAGCCUCUGACAGAGAAGGUGCACCAAAUUAUUUCCAGAACUGCUAAGUUCGUCAAUGAACAUGGAGGACAGACUGAGAUUAUCUUGAGAGUUAAACAAGGUGGUAACCCGUCGUUUGGGUUUUUGAUGCCUGACCAUAAACUUCAUGCCUACUUCCGUUUCCUUGUUGAUCAUCCUGAGCUUUCCAGAAGCGUUACUGACACAGUUGGCAAAUUAGAAGAGAAAAAAACACUAGACAGUGUAGAGAAUGCGUUGUAUAUUGCUGGUGGGGCACUUUCAUUGCUCGGGUCUGUAUAUGGUACUGGCGAGGAUGAUGGAAUCCCAGAUACCUCAGAAACCAGGGAAACGCUAGUUAAAAGUUCCAAGGAUGCUGCUUCAGCCACAGCCCCUCGCAAAUCGCAAACGUCUACUUCCCGUUUUGAUGACGAAACAAAGGCAGCUAUCAAAUUACCACCCGCUGUUAGUGAGAAGCCCUUACUGUCUAAAAGGAGCCGUUCAUCAGCUAUGAUCGAUUCUGCAGCUGCACGGAGUAGAACAAAGGAAGUUACAGCUGGUUCUCCCGAUUCAUUUAUCAGCAAGUCUGGAGCGGACUCUUCCAGGCCUAGGGCUCCAGUGGUGGAACCCCCAUCUAAUUUGAAGCGGAUGGUUGAGAAGACAGUCGAAUUUAUUUGUCGGAAUGGAAAAGAGUUCGAGGCUUCCCUUAUUCAGCAGGAUAAAAUGAAUGAAAAAUUUCCAUUUCUUCGGUCGUCAAACCAGUAUCACUCAUAUUAUCUCAAGGUUCUCCAGCAUGCUCGCGAGGUAUGUUAAUUCCCUAAUUUUGAGUAAAAAUAAUGUCAGUCCGUUAGGCGACGAUAAUAUUUCUUAAAUCUACCUGCUCAUUUUUUUAGGUUUAUUUUCCAUCUUUUUAUACCAUCAGGGAAUGAUAAUUCACAUGUGUUUUAUUCUUACCUCCAUUUGUCUGUUUACUUUAUUUUUUAUUCCUCCAUAAAUGGGGGGGUGCCGUUUGGCUUCAGAUUCUAGGGUCAAAUAGUCUCUCUUUCUUUUGUUGGGGCUAACUGAUGAUUGGUUUGGUCUAUAGUUAAUAGUAGAAUUUCCUUGGAAAAUAGCAUUCCCGAGUGGAAAGUGAAAGAAGUGACGAUCCCUCAUUAACAUGAGCCCAACACGAUGUAAAUUUGAAUCAGAUCACAAGAUACGAUCCGCUCAUGGAUUACUGUAGGUUAUUCAUGCGUAUACUUUUCCAUUCAUCUCUUGCAAAUCGGCUUUUCUUGGUUAAAACAAAAAAUAGAAUCAUCUCAUGUCAUUUUAAUUAAUCUACUUUCACCUUUCUUCACCACAAAUCUAAUUUACUGAUUCAUCGUCCUGCCAACCCCUGUGCUGCUUGGCCAUCUCUAUUUGACUGUUUUAGCUUAUUUAUGAAUACUCACCCGAGAGAUCUUUACUGGUCCGGACUCCCAUAUCCUAUUUUCUUUACCUAACUUCAGUUUGAUUCCCACCUCUCACCGGAUGCGUUUUUACUCUCAUCUCAUUGCAGACAAAGCUACCUUACAAGAAUAUUUCUGAUCACCGUGUCGGAAGCAAGGCAGAAGCUAAGGUGGCUGAUGAUUAUCCUUCAGAUGCCUGGAACGUGGAAAAACAAUUCGAAGCCCCACUCCAGCUGGACAGGAAAGAGAAAUUCAGGAUGGUGCUCGGUGGGUCAAAAAAGGAUGCAAAUAAUUCAUCUUCGAAACCCUCAAAGCCGCCGGGUCUGAGUGCCGAAGAAGCAGCUGCUAUUGUCUUGGGAGCAACAAGAGGCCGCCUAGGCAGCCAGACCAUGCCCGAUGCCCCAAAGAUGCCAGCAAUUCACGUUCCUGAUGCAAUCCGUAGAGCUGUCGAGGGUCCCUCCACCUCCAGCCUCGCGAGUUUCCCUCCUUUCCCUGCCAGCAACCCUCCAUCAAAGUCUACUUCCGACAGCGAGGGAGCCGCAGAUCUGCCCAAUGGUUCCUCUCCGGCCAAAGAAAGUGACAGCACAGCUGGUUGCAUCGCGAAAGAAGCCGAUUCCUCUGUUGCUUCUGCGACAGAGGAGCAGAAGCUGAAAGCAGAGAGGCUGAAGCGCGCAAAAUUAUUUGCGGCUAUGAUAAAGAGUGGUAAGCACAAAGCCGACGAGCACGCGGCUGCUCCGAGCCCGAUCCACUCCGGCCAUGAACCCCAGCCUGGGGGUGGGAGCGGGAGAGAAGAAGGCAACAGCAGCUUGGUGGUACCUGCAGAGGCCGAGAACUCUGGUUCGGGCGAGAAGCCGAUACAGAAAUUAGCCGCCCAUGGCGGAGUGCAGCAUGCGGAAGACCCCGAGGCGGUGGAGCGUGAGCAUUCCAGGAAGCGGCACCGUUCCAGACAACACUCGAAUGGAGAUGGCCACAAGCGCGAGCACCGCAGGCACAGGCACCACCGCUCCCCCCCCUCUGAGGACGACGGGCGCCAGCGGAGGAAGCACCGCCACCACCGUUCCUCUUCUUCCAAACGCAAGCGCCGGGGCUCGGACGAGGACGAGGACGAGGACGGACGCUCCCACAAGAAUAAGAGGAGCUCAGGAUCGCAGCGCGAUGGCCGUGAUCGGCGGCGCCACAGGGAAGAAGAGAUGGGCAGUGAUUCCCGCCGUGAUCUGCCGAGCCAGGGGGACUCCAGCUCGAGGCCUUCAUCAGAAGCUCAUCAUCCUCGAGGGCCCUCAUCCAAAGAUCCCCCCAGUGAUGGCGUCCAAGAAGAAGCCCGGCCUUCUGUAGCGACCGAGGUUCCCGAUGAUCUGAGGGCGAAGAUCCGGGCGAUGCUGCUGGAAACGUUGUAG